CGGCAGCAGCACCGACGAUAUGGACACGGACGACGAGAUCAGGAUGGCUCAGACCUCCUGCAAGCCGGCGGCGGUCUCCGAGGCCAGGCGCCGGACGUCGGCGAGUCCGCCAGUGUCCGGCACCGAGAGAAGGCGCGUGCCCGACGCCACCGCUGGGAGCCCCUUGCCGUCCACGUCCGCCGGCGCCGUGCGGCGACAGCGACGCUCCCCGUCGCCGGCCACCGCCGCCGCCGUCCCAGCCAAGCGGCGCCGCUCGCCGACCAAGCCGGCGGCCGUCGCCGAGGACUCGGACGCCGCGUACGAGGCGGACACGGACGAGGACGAGCCGGCCGAGCGGCGGCCCGACACGACCGGGCUGCGCGUGCCCGAGCUGCCCGACUUCCUGCUCGGCAAGACGUUCCUGCUGUACGGGCAGACCAUGUCGACGGAGACGCGGCGCCGGGCGGGCCGCUACAUCACGGCAUUUGGCGGGAAGCUGGAGCAGUACUUCGGCGACGGCAUCAACUAUGUGAUAACGUCGGACGUGUGGGACGGCAACUUCGACGAGGCGCUGUCGGCCAACCCUGAGCUGAUGUUCGCCCGGCCGACCUGGCUGGACGCCUGCGCGCGUCAGCAAAAGCUGGUGCCCGCCCCAGGCGUACCUGGUGACGCCGACCUCUGA